AUGCCGAAGUCCCUCGCUGGUGGUCAGUUCCCCAACCCUACUUUGGAUGCCAUUGACCUGGUGGACCGGAAUCUAAGAAAUGCAGGGACCUCCAGUUCUAUCCCAGGCUUGGAGGAAGGAGGCACAGACCCCUGGGCCUUCCCUCAGCAGAAGAACACUGGCGAACUGAAAGAGGUCAGCACAGCCAGCAGGCUUCACCAGGUGGUCGUUGGCUUCCUCAAGGCGUGUGGACUCCUGGGAAACCUCUAUUUCUUCAUCUGCUCCCUGGACAUCCUCGGCUCUGCCUUCCAGUUGCUAGGCAGUAGAAUGGCCGGAGACAUUUUCAAGGACAAUGUGGUGCUGUCCAACCCCGUGGCUGGCUUGGUCAUCGGUGUGCUGGUCACAGUCCUUGUACAGAGUUCCAGUACAUCUUCAUCUAUCGUGGUUAGCAUGGUGGCCUCUAAGUUGCUGACUGUCCAGAUGUCUGUGCCUAUCAUCAUGGGUGUCAACGUGGGCACUUCCAUCACCAGCACCCUGGUCUCGAUGGCGCAGUCAGGGGACCGGGAGGAGUUCCAGAGGGCUUUCAGCGGCUCGGCUGUGCAUGGCAUCUUCAACUGGCUCACAGUGUUGGUAUUGCUGCCACUGGAGAGCGCCACGGCAGCACUAGAGAGGCUGAGUGAACUGGCCCUGGGUGCUGCUAGCCUCCAGCCAGGGAGGCAGGCCCCCAAUAUCCUCAAGGCACUGACGCAGCCUUUCACACACCUCAUCAUCCAGCUGGAUACCGGCAUGAUUACCAGCAGUGCUACCGGCAACACCACUAAUGGCAGCCUGAUUAAACAAUGGUGUGACGUCCAGGGGAAACCACCGCCCCAGGGGAGCAACGAGGAAUGUGGCGGCUUCUACCCUUGCAGGGAGAAUAGCACAGCGACUCCAGAGGAGAACAGAGUGCCCUGCCAUCACCUGUUUGUGGGCACAGGGCUCACAGAUCUGGCCGUGGGCUUCAUCCUGCUGGCGGGCUCUCUGCUGGUGCUCUGUACCUGUCUGGUCCUCAUCGUUAAGCUGCUCAACUCUGUGCUGCAGGGCCGCAUCGCCCAGACUGUGAAAACGGCCAUCAAUGCGGAUUUCCCCUUCCCCUUUGGCUGGCUCAGCGGCUACUUAGCCAUCCUUGUUGGUGCAGGCUUAACCUUCUUGCUGCAAAGCAGCAGUGUAUUCACGGCUGCCAUUGUGCCUCUUAUGGGGGUUGGGAUAAUCAACCUGGAACGGGCCUACCCCCUCUUCCUGGGCUCCAACAUUGGCACCACCACCACAGCCCUGCUGGCGGCCCUGGCCAGCCCCGCAGACAUGCUGCUCUUCGCAGUCCAGGUUGCUCUCAUCCAUUUCUUCUUCAACCUGGCUGGCAUACUGCUGUGGUACCUGGUGCCUGUCCUGAGACUACCCAUUCCACUGGCCAAGCGCUUUGGUGACCUGACUGCCCAGUACCGCUGGGCAGCCGUUGUCUACCUACUGUUCACUUUCCUGCUGCUGCCCCUGGCAGCCUUUGGACUUUCCCUGGCAGGGGGCUCAGUGCUGGCUGCAGUGGGAGGCCCUCUAGUGGGGCUGGUGCUCCUUAUCAUCCUGAUUAAUGUCCUGCAAAGACACCGGCCAUCUUGGCUGCCUCCCUGUCUUCGAUCCUGGGCCUGGCUGCCUCUCUGGCUCCAUUCUCUGGAGCCUUGGGACCGCCUGGUGACUGGGUGUUGCCCCUGCAGUGCUUGCAGCAACUCCAGUAUGACCAGCAAAGUGGUUCACUGCUAUGAGAACCCAGAGGUCAUAGCUUCCCAACACUUAUGA